AUGCCCAAGCGCACUCCCACUCCUCAACACCCUGAUAGCCCUAUUGGCAAGAAGAAGAAGCUUGAAAAUGGCCAGAGAUGGAAUCGCCUGCCAACAGAUGGGGAGAUGGAGAAGAUGUCGGUGCGAGAAAAGCUCUUCGCAGGGGUGUCUUUCGGCUUCGCUAGGAGGCAGCAGCAGAAGGCAGCCCACAACCAACCAAGCUAUGCUCCAGUAGCUAGCUUACAACAAAUUAUAGACGAAGCAUUCCGUGUGAAUCCAAGCAUUAACCGGAGUUUAAAUGAUGCACCCGGGUCUGUGGUGAUGCUUCCAAGAGAGGUGGAAGAGGGGCUCUGGGCAGAGGAUUUAGACCAACGAAGAGAAAUUCUCACCGACCAUUUUGAGCAGAGAAUGAUUCAAAGACGAGAUACAAGUCGGAGACUGCAGGCAGUCUUGAGGCUAGCAAAUGACCAUCCGUUUGCGCCCCCGGUGGAGAUUUCAGGCGAACAAGAGCCAAGAGACAGAUUGCGACUGUUUCUCCAAUCUGCUUGUCGUGAACACGGCUAUAGAAAGCUGCAGAUAGACUUUUGCGGCUUCAUGACAAUCAAGAGGCAUAGCGACCUCAAGGGGGAGCCCCUUGGAUCUGUGCCGCGGGAGCCUAUCGUUGAGCCAGCAGACAAUUUGGUUCUCCAUGCCAAAAGGGGGAAUAUCACACUAUAUGAGUCUGAUGUACCUGACCAAUUCGGCCAUAUAACGACUUGGAUGUGGCUCAAAAUCUGCAGACCACUAGCAGCCUACGAGCUGAAGCACCAUCCAGCACCAGAUGUAUCCAAGGAAGAAGAAGGAGAAUGCGAAGCCUGGGUCAUCAUCGCGAUCCCAAAGUCUCAAAUAGAGACACUGGAAGAUGCCUGGAGCUUGUAUCCCGCCCCUGAGAAAGAGACGCACGGGGACUACAUUAUGGACAUUACAAUUCCACAUAGCGUGCGGCAGGACACACAAAAUUCUCAGCGGAGAAGGGCGCUGGCAUUUCGCUACAGCCGGGAUGGGGUGCCUAGUAUAGCAUCAUCGAAGAAAAGUGGCGAUGUCGAUUCGAUGUGGUUCGGAUUCAGGACGGACGCCGACGAGAUGCAGUGGGAGAGGGUACAAGAGGCCAUGAAGACGGACUCGUGUCUCGUCUACGCACUUUCGGGGAUUGAUGCUAAGUGGAUUCAUGUGGCCCCUCAGCAGCCCGAGGGAAUAACACAGUCAGGGAAGAGCACUGAGGCUCAGACGCCUCGCAAGGCGAAGAGAUUGAGCGGCGAGGGGAGGUCUUCGAACCUCAAGAAUGAAAUCAAGUCAGACGACUAUUAG